AUGCUUGUUUACGUUGAUGACAUCAUUGUCACGGGGAAUGACAACGCUCUGUUAAACCACACGCUUGAAGGUCUUGCUACACGAUUCUCAGUCAAGGAUCAUGAAGAACUCCAUUACUUUCUUGGAGUUGAAGCUAAACGGUGCUCCCUUGGUCUGCACCUCAAUCAACGUAAGUAUGUUCUUGACUUAUUGGGCAACACAAACAUGCUAGGUGCCAAACCAGUUGCUACGCCCAUGGCUACAUCUCCAAAACUCACUCUCCAGUCUGGUACACGACUUGCUGAUCCGGCUGAAUAUCGAAGAAUUGUGGGUAGUCUUCAAUAUCUAGCAUUCACUAGGCCUGAUAUAUCAUAUGCGGUAAAUCGCUUAUCUCAGUUUAUGCAUCAACCAUCAACGGAUCACUGGACGGCGGUGAAGCGUGUCUUACGAUACUUAGCGGUUACUUUAGAUCAUGGGAUAUUACUCACACGUGGUACAAAUCGGUGUUUACAUGCGUAUACGGACGCUGAUUGGGCAGGGGACUCGGACGACUAUGUCUCCACCAAUGGUUAUAUUGUGUAUCUCGGUCAACAUCCCAUCUCAUGGUCCUCAAAGAAACAGCGGAGCAUUGCCAGAUCAUCAACCGAAGCGGAAUACCGGUCAGUGGCUACGACUUCUAUUGAACUGAACUGGAUAUGCUCUCUACUUAAGGAACUAGGGGUCUCGUUCACUACCCCUCCG